CUCCACUAUUCUAAAUAUAGAUCUAGAAUCUAGAUCUAGUAAUAAUCUGGGUAAUGUUUUGAAAACAACACAUGAUUCUGUUUGUUUCCAAAAGAGAGUAAACAGAAGUUAGUCGUCUUGUUUUUCUAAAACCAAGUUUUCAUUCUAACAAGGAUGACAGAGGGAGGUAAACUCUGGGGUGGUCGCUUCACUGGUGCCAUUGAUCCUAUCAUGGAGAAAUUCAAUGCGUCUAUUCAGUUUGACAAGCGGAUGUGGAAGGCUGACAUUGAGGGGAGCAAAGCCUAUGUUUUAGCACUUGAGAAAACAAAUCUGGUCACUGCAGAUGAGAGAGAGGAUAUUUAUGAAGGUCUUGAAAAGGUUAGACAUGAAUGGGAUGCAGGUACAUUUGAGAUCAAGCCAGGUGAUGAAGAUGUGCACACAGCCAAUGAGAGAAGACUUAAGGAGUUGAUUGGACCUGUAGGUGGCAAGUUACAUACUGGGCGAAGUCGCAACGACCAAGUGGCAACAGAUAUGAGACUCUGGUUCAUAGACAGGUCAAAAGUUCUCAUCAAGCAUGUGGCUGAGCUCAUACGCGUCAUGGUGGAGAGGGCUGCUGUAGAGAUUGACAUCCUGAUGCCAGGAUACACACACCUGCAGAGAGCACAGCCCAUCAGGUGGAGCCACUGGAUCUUGAGCUACGCUGUCAUGCUACAGAGAGAUGUAGAGAGGCUGCAGCAAAUUAGCACCAGGGCUUCCACUUUAGUUCUUGGCAGUGGUGCACUGGCAGGAAAUCCAUUUGAUAUUGACAGAGAAUUUCUUAGACAAGAAUUGAACUUGCAAAGAAUUUCACUUAAUAGUCUUGAUGCUGUUAGUGACAGGGACUUUAUUGCUGAGUUUUUGUUCUGGGGCUCCCUGCUGGGAGUCCACCUGAGUAGGUGGGCCGAGGAUCUUAUUUUGUAUUCAACCAAAGAAUUCAACUUUGUGACUCUCUCUGAUGCUUACAGUACUGGCAGCAGUUUGAUGCCCCAGAAAAAAAACAGUGACAGCUUGGAGCUGAUUAGAGGUAGAGCUGGGAGACUUUACGGCAAUUGCACAUCCUUUAUGAUGGCUUUAAAAGGUAUUCCAAGCACUUACAACAAAGAUCUGCAAGAAGAUAAAGAAGCAAUGUUUGAUACAUAUGACACUCUGUGUGCUAUCCUGCAAGUGGCAACAGGAGUUUUGUCCACUCUUAAGAUUCACCCCGACAAGAUGAAAGGUGCACUAAGCCCGGAUAUGUUGGCUACUGAUAUUGCCUAUUAUCUGGUUAGAAAAGGGUUGCCUUUCCGUGAAGCCCAUGGCAUGGCAGGUCUGUGUGUGGCCCUUGCAGAGAAACAAAAUAUUCCAGUGUCUCAGCUGUCUCACAAAGAUUUCCAUUCCGUCAGCUCACUGUUUGAGGAAGAUGUGACGAAGGUUUGGGACUAUGACAACUCCGUAGAGCAGUACAAGGCUAUGGGUGGGACGGCCAAGUCCAGUGUUUUGGCUCAGAUAUCCUAUCUCAGGGCUUGGCUGGACGAGGCAAUAGAUGAAAAGCAUUGAGGGGCCAGUCUGUGAGGGGAUUCGUUGUGCGAGGCGAGUCUGUGAGGGGAUUCGUUGUGUGAGGCCAGUCUGUGAGGGGAUUCGUUGUGCGAGGCCAGUCUGUGAGGGGAUUAGUUGUGCGAGGCCAGUCUGUGAGGGGAUUCGUUGUGUGAGGCCAGUCUGUGAGGGGAUUCGUUGUGUGGGGCUGGUCAGUGAGGGGAUUCGUUGUGUGGGGCUGGUCAGUGAGGGGAUUCGUUGUGUGGGGCUGGUCAGUGAUGUGAUUUAGUGACAAAACUAUAAUGUGUGACUCAAGACUCAUUUGAAUACUCUAAAAUUUUUUUGAUGCUAAAUUUGAGUUCCAGAUUGUGUUUUUUUUUUUUAAAUUUGCAUUAACAUUUUUUUGUUCUAACUUAUAUAUUGUGAUAUUCAAGCAACUGAAUGUAUUGUGUGAUUUAAAUUUUUUUUGUUUAAAUUAAGUGCUUUUGUUGAAAGUAAAGGUUCUGAAUGGUAUUCAAUAAUAUAAAAAUUACUUUCCACUUUAAAGAAUAGUUAAUAAUAAUUUAUUAUGGUAAAUUUAUAAUUUUAAGAACUUUAUUUACUUAUUAAUGAUUUACAACUUUGUAAUGAUCUGUGUUAAUAGUCAAAUUAUUAAUUGCAUAAUUAUAAAAUAUAGUUAGCUUACUAUUAUUUUAACUUUUUAACAGUAAGCCCUAAUCAGACACAAUUUUUUUUUAAAGUAAGAAAAGUAAAUUAAACAAAUUUUUCAAAUACUUUUUCUUUUUUUAAAAAUAAUUAGUGUUUAGCUCUGCAUUUAUCUUGUUAAAUAUCUUGCAGUAUUUUCAUAAAGAAAACUAGAGCAUUUAUGAUAUGAGUCAUUAACACUGAUAUGAGUUACUGAUAUCGUAUGAGUCACUUAAACUUAUAUUGCACCUACCAUCAGAGCAUCGACCUUAAGUUUUGUGCCUAAACAUGUAAAUAAGCGUAUCACAAAGUGCAAUGUGUAUUUUUAUGCAGAUAUUAAAAUUUGUCAUCCUUUAGUUUAGAUUUUUUUUCUCUUCCAUGAAUUUUUUUUAUUGUGAAUAUUCCUUCCAGUCACGAUUAUUUUUAUUUUACUACGUCAGUAAAUUAUUUUUAACCACAUUAACUGGUGGUAAAAUUUCACAUCAUUUAUUGAUUUUGAUGUAUUAUAUCUUCAUACAUGUUUAGGAAUGUCUCAAUCUUUUACGUGAAGUUAAUUUUGUUAAUCAGAUUGAAUUAAAAAUAAAUGUAAGUACCGAGUCUCUAAACUGCCAGUUUGUUGAAGGCAAAUAUUUUAAUCAAUUAACUAAGUUUGUGGUUCACUUCACAAAUAUACUUAAAAAAAGGAACUAGGCUUGUGCGAGGUAAGCCUUUGAACAUUUACGCAAGUGUUUAUUUGCCGACCAAAAUUUCAUCACAUAUGAUGUUUCUGGCUGUUACCAACCCUACAUGCUCCAGAUACAAACAGCUAGAUUUGUGCCCCUAUUUUUAAAAAAUUUUCAUACUAAUUUUUUUAAUAUUGACAAUAUGUUUUUGUAGCCGAAAACUGCCACAGUUUUAGUGCAUUUUUGUUGAAGAAAUUAAUGAUAGUCAUACAUAAUGUAGAGUGUUUUCUGUUGUUUUUUUUUUAAUUUUUCAAAACUACUAGUGAUCUGAUUCCUACACUGCAUUUUUAAUUAAUUUUUGUUUAUUUCUUUUCAUCUCUUUUUUCAUCAUCUCAAGCUGGCUAACUGCCUCUUUAUGGGUAAUGAUCACCAAGGGUAACUCAGUGUUCUACAACACUAGUAGUUUAAUAUCAGAGGUAGAAUGCUGACUUGAGUUGGUUGCAAUAUGUUGGACUUGCGUUCAACUGAUAGCAUCCUGCCCCUGGAAUAAAAUAUUGUAAUAUACAUGCUUUGCUGGUAUUCGUAAAUUUUGGGGUAAAAUCAGCUAUACCAUAUUUUUAGAUUAGGAUUUUAAUUAAGGAUUAGUUUCUAUGGAUAUUUGAAGUGAAAAGUUUAUCAAUGUUUUUAUGCUUAUGUAUUUUUGUAGUGCAAUAUUUUAACCCUCUACUCUCCCCUGUCCUGCUUUAUUAGCUAAUGAUUGAAUUAUCCGCCCCUUUUUCUUAAAGAUGUUCACUAAACCAACAGCUUCAUAACCAGAUGCUAAUCCAACCAUUGUUAGGGUAUUUUUUCAUUAGAAUCAAUUGUUGAGUCAUUGUAAUUCUGUCUAAAUUUGACAAACAUUUAUUGAAUAAUUGCAUACUUUGGAUUGUCUUAAUUAACAUGAUGCAUGAAGAUUUAUUGAAAGAUUGAACCUUUGAAUAUUUUGUUUGUUUGAAUUUUUUUCAUCAGGAUUCUGUAUUUUUGCAGUGAUCAGAAUAAAAUGCACUUUACCAUUUUU